GACAGGGGUGAAUAAUCAUGAGUUCAUCAGCUCAUGUCUUCACUCUGAUGUUUUAAACAUCUGGAUGGCUCCUGGUGAUGAACUUUGACCUCUGUGGUCGACCCCUGUCAGUGACAUCCACUUCACUGACCGUCUGUAAAUGUCAGCGUUUGUUGUUGAGCUGAAGGACCUUGGUCUAGACUUGACCCCACUGACCUCUGACCUCUGCUGCAGCACCACCAUCAGGUCACAUGGUAACAUGGAUCAUACUAACAGGAUUCUCAUCAGCCCCAGCUGCUAACUGGCUAACGUUAGCAUGCUAACACACUAAACUAAGAAGUUUAAAGCUGGUAAACAUGAGCCUGUAAGCAUGCUAGUGUUAGCGUUAGCUGCCAGUGUCCUGACAGAGAUGAUGUGAUGGUGCAAUGGUGUGAUGGUGUGAUGAUGGAGGGGGAUGACAGCCUCAGUGUUCUGUCGUUUAUCUCAGUGAAAAGCUUCAGUGUUUGGACCUCGAACGACCUCGACACAAACAAAGAGCUUCAGUUUACAGCUGAACAAAGAGCAGAGGAGGUCAGUGAACAACACACAGAGUGUUCAGAGCUGGGCCACAGCAGCCGCCUUGUUCUUCAUCACCAUCAUCUUCAUCAGGCCUCUGUUAGUGAGCCUUUAACUCAGGCUGACAGCCAUCUUCAUCUUCAUCAUAUUUGAUAAUUUUAUCAGAGAGAAAAUCUACAGAGGUGAUGAUGAACUCAGCCUGAUCUUCAGGCUUCAGAUUUCCCUCUGACUGUAAAUAGAACCUGUUGUUUUUCUCUGACGUGUUCAGAUCGACAGGUUUUCUCUGAACGCACCGAGCAGCACUGUCACCACAGAGUGUUGCAUUCUGGGUAGAUUGUAGCCUUGUUUUGCUGCUAUGCUAACGACACCUGCAGCUGCUGAAACAUGUUCUGCUGCCUCAAAGGAAACAACCUCACCUGUGCUGCAGGUGUGAUGAUGUCAGAGCAUCAGCAGCUGAUUGGUCCACAGACAGCAGGUGAGCGGCUGACAGGUGAGAAGCUGCUUCAUUCAUCAUUCAUCAGUUUCUCCUCAGCAGCCAUUUGCUUUGUACUCUGAGAACAGAGACGACAACAGCAGUACGACUGCUUCUACUGUCUCUACUGAUUCUACUCUGACACCCAGCACAGACGGACAUUGAACUUAUCAUGGAUCUGGACAGCAUCGAGGGGCUGAAUGAAAUCCGUCCGUCUGUUUACAGAGCGGCCAUGAAGCUUCAGUCUCUGCAGAGACUCUGUCACAUGGACGUUGUGUCUGUCCGUCACGUGACGGCGGCCGUCCGCUCAGUGGGCGGGGCUCUGAGGCUGAACAGACAGGAAGUGACCCAGACUCUGAACAGGAUGUUUAAGGGCGUGUCACAGGAAGUGCCAGGUCAUAUGACCGCGGAGGCUCCGGAGGAGACCUGCGACCUGAUGUUCAGGCUCUAUGACAGGACUCAGACCGGUUCAGUUCCUGCUGCUGCUCUUCACACGGUGCUGAUCGCUCUGUCCCACGACAACCUACAGCAAAAAUACACAGCUCUGGUGACUGUCUCAGAGGCCGGUUCAGGAUCCGUCAGCAGGUCUGGACUCAGGUGUUUACUGCAGGACCUCAGCCAGGUUCCGGCCGCUGUGCAGGAGGAGGCAGUGUUCGGCAGCGUGGAGCCGGCAGUCAGGUCGUGUUUUAACGGGGUGUUGACCCCGACAACAAGCAAGGAGCAGGUGCUGUCGUGGCUGCAGAGCGAGCCACGCCUGUUGCUAUGGUUACCUACUCUGUACCGGCUGUCUGUCAGUCAGAGCAUCAGUCACAUGGUCCGCUGCCACACCUGUAAGAGCUUCCCCAUCACCGGACUCAGGUAUCGCUGCAUGAAGUGUGUGAAAGUCCACAUGUGUCAGAGCUGCUUCCUGACCGAGCGACAGACCAGGAAACACAAGACCCACCAUCCAGUGCUCGAGUUCUGCACACAGCCCACCUGGAGAGAGUCUCUGAUCUCGUUAGUGCACAGCGCUCGUCAUACCCUGUUGCCACGGCGACAUACUCAGAGAGAAGCUGAUAGGAGGAGAGUCCUGAUAUGGGCGGAGCCAGGGGAGACUCAGAACAGUGCUCCGCCUCCUCCUGAUGCCUCAACACAAUUGGCUGACUCAGCUGUCUGUCACAGCCCCUCUGCUGACAGAGAUGUUUCCCAUGAUGCCUCAGUGCAGCCUCUUCCUCCUCCCUGCUCCUCUUCAUCCAAAGCUCUGCAGACUGACGAGGAGACGCCAAUUCAGGAGUCGAAGGCGGCGGCUUUGAUCACUGAGGUCAGGAACCUAAAGAGAGACAAAUGGCUGUUGGAGCAGGAGAUGCAGGCGUGGCGGCUCACCGUCCAAUCAGAACAGGGUGUCCUGGAGGAUAGGUGCUCGGAGAUGGAGGUUACCAUGGAGACGAUGAGACAACACAACCUCCAUCUGCAGGGCAUGCUCACGCAGGCUUUAAACAAGAUGGAGGCUCAACAACACAUCAUCAACACGCCACAUGGCAUCGACACGGAGAACUCGGAGAGAGACGAUGUCACGGCAACGCCUGACACACAGAGGAGCACUGAGGAGGAGGAGGAGCUGAUGAAGGACGAGUGGAGCAAGGAUGAACAACAAACUCCAUCUCCCACAAUCCACCUGGGAACACCUCCUUCUAAUGACAUCCACUGUGAGGAAGACGAGGAGGAGUCAGCAGAUGACGGGUAUCUCUGUCGUCCAAUAGGAGAAGAGAAUGGGCCAGAGGAGGCGGGGCUACAGAGAGAAGACACCUGUCUGACUGAAGAGGAGGAGGAGGAGGAGCAGGAAGAGGAGGAUUGUUGGUUGUGUAGUCCAGAGGAGCUGCUGCAGGAAACUGUAGACAGACUGAAGACUGUGAUGGAGACAGACUGGUGGAGAGAGAGACAGACAGGUGAGAGGAAGAGGGUGGAGCUUCUGGAGGCUGCAGAGCAGGUGGGAGACUCGGUGCACCACCUGGUGGACGCUGUGAGAACAAACACACACUGACGAGGUCCAGAGGACGCCUCUUCUUCCUGCAGCGUUUGGGGGCGGAGCCUGGUGAGGACGAGCAGGUGGGGGUGGGGCCUGAGGGUGAGCAGAGCAGGUAGACCAGAGAGGUACGUGACUGCACAGGUGUGAUGAUGUUGGAG